AUGAGAAAUGAAACAUUCAGUAGGGUGAAAUACCAUGCCGAUGAAGACUUUAAAAACAGAGUGAAGAAAUUUAGUAGGGUGAAAUACCAUGCCAAUGAAGACUUUAAAAACAGAGUGAAAACAUUCAGUAAGGUGAAAUACCAUGCCAAUGAAGACUUUAAAAACAGAGUGAUGACAUUCAGUAAGGUGAAAUACCAUGGCAAUGACCAGCAUAGAAACACUGUCAAGCAGCGCAGUAACUUAAAAUAUCGUAAUAGUGCAACACAUAAAGAAAAUGUAAAAAGAAUUAACAAGAUGAAAAGAGAACAAUUAAAACAAAAUCAACAGGUUUGUGAUUUUGUCAGAAAGAAUUUUGUAGAUAAAGUUAGUUCUGGGCCAGAAUUUGUUUGUUGUGUUUGCCACCGGCUGUUAUUUAAACAGCAAGUAUUAUGCUGUAAAACAGAAAAUUAUAACACAAAUUCAGCAGUGGCACUGAUGGCAAAAAAAUGUAUUACAAAACAUUUUUUGCAUAAGUGUGCUGAAAAUUGUGUUAUUCCCUGUGAACUGGCAGGUUCAUGUAAAGGCAAGCUUUGGAUUUGCUUCACUUGUCAUUCUAAAGUAAAAAAAGGAGAAAUGCCAGCUGAAAGUGCUGUUAACAAUUUAGAAUUGAAACCUAUACCUGAAGAACUAUGUUGUCUCAAUAAUUUAGAGCAACAUUUGAUAGCUUUGCAUAUCCCAUUCAUGAAAAUGUUAGCUUUACCAAAAGGUGGGCAAAAUGGAGUGCACGGUCCUAUUAGUUGUGUCGCAGCUAAUAUUAAACAAACAACAAAUGUUUUGCCUAGAACAGAAAAUGAAGGGUCUUUAAUAUGUGUAAAGUUAAAGCGGAAGUUGACAUAUAAAGGUCAUUAUAAGUAUCAGUAUGUGGACACAACGAAUAUUAAAGAGGCACUGUGUUGCUUAAAAAAAAUCAACAAAUACUAUUCAGAUAUUGUUUUUAAUGAUAAUUGGUUAAAUGAGUUUAUUAGACAAGAUGAUGAUGACAAUACAAACAACAUGGAGGAGACUGAACUGGAAAACAUAAAUGUUGAUGAGGAGUUACACGAUAGGCAACAGCACUGUGUGUUUAUGGACACGUGUCUGCAACCUGUAGAUAUUGGGCAAGAAGUACUUGAUCAGUAUUUUGAUGGUAUCUUGAGCCUGGCUCCUGCUGAAGGGAAUAAUCCAGUGAAAAUGCUUGCAGAUGAGACAAAUGAAGCUAAAUGUUUUCCUGUUUUGUUUCCUAAUGGUACUUCAACUUAUUGUGAUAAAAGAGGACAGAAAAUAACAUUGUCUCGAUAUUUUAAUAAUCGAAUUUUGCAUGCAGAUGGUAGAUUUGCACAAAAUAUUGAAUACAUUUUUUAUGCACAGUAUCUAUCAGAAAUACAACAGGUACUGUCUAAUGUAUCUAUUGCUUUAAGAAAAGGCCAUGGAUGUAGUAAGUCCAUACCAAGUGAAAUGUUUAAAGAUACUGAGUCCUUGAGACAAGUGCUUAAUUUUGAUGAAGGCUAUAGAUUUUUGAAGCCCAUCCGUGGCACUCCGGCAUUUUGGCAAGGUGUGCAAAAAGAUUUGUUUGCCAUGGUCAGGCAAUUGGGCAUUCCCACCUGGUUUUGCUCAUUCUCAUCUGCUGAUAUGAGAUGGACAAAUCUAAUGUCAAGUAUUUUAAAACACGAAGGCAGAAAAAAAUCAUUAGAACAAUUAGAAUGGGAUGAAAAAUGCGAACUUUUGCGCCGUAAUCCUGUAACAGCAGCACGCAUGUUUGAUUUUAGGUGGCAUUGUUUUUUAAAAGAGGUGCUUAUGUCUCCUGUUCAGCCCAUAGGGGAAUUUGUGGACUACUUUUAUAGGGUGGAAUUUCAGCAACGUGGUUCUCCCCAUGUCCACUGUUUGUUCUGGAUAAAAAAUGCUCCACAAAUAGAUAAGAAUUCUGAUGAAGAAGUUGUCAAAUUUAUAGAUAAAUAUGUUACAUGUGAGGUGCCCUGUGAAGAUGAAGAAUUGCAGAGCGUUGUUACAUCCAUGGAGUGUCACAGUAAACGUCAUUCCAAAACGUGUAAAAAGAAAAACACAGUUUGUCGUUUUAAUUUUCCCAAACCACCAUCUAUGAAAACAUUUAUUUGUCGCAGAAAAUUAGAAGAUGAGAAAAACUUGCCCAACAAAGGUGAUAGUCAAAGUGAAAGUAUAAGUACAAAUGUAAAUGAUAACACACAGGUAGAAUAUGCUCGAAACAUAAUGACUGCAGUUAAGAAAGCUGUUUCAGAAGAGCAGUUCAGUUCUUUAGAAACUUUGUUUCAUAGUGUUGGAAUAAAUCAGGAAUUAUUUGAAAUGGCAUAUAAAUGCAUUAAUAACAGCACACACAUCGUCUUGAAACGACAAUUGCAUGAAGUAUGGGUAAAUCAGUAUAACAAAUUUAGCCUUAAGUGUUGGAAUGCUAAUAUGGAUAUUCAGUAUGUAACAGAUGCUUAUGCUUGCAUAGUUUAUAUAAUUUCAUAUAUUUCAAAGUCAGAACGUGAAAUGGGUUUAUUGUUAGCUAAUGCUCAGCGAGAAUCAGCAACUCAGGGUAAUUUAGACGCAAGACAAGCUUUGAGGAAACUAGGAAGUGUGUACUUACAUAAUCGUGAAGUUAGUGCACAAGAAGCAGUUUAUAGGUUAACAAACAUGCAUUUAAAAGAGUGUUCGAGACAUGUCCAGUUCAUUCCUACAGGUGAAGAUACUGUACGAAUGAGUUUGCCUCUGAGUGUAAUACAAAACAAGUUGCAAUCUCAGAAUCUGGAAAGUGAAGAGAUGUGGAUGACAAGUUUUGUUGAUCGCUAUAAACAUAGGCCAAAUCAAAGCAUUUUUGAAGAUAUGUGUUUGGCCACAUUUGCGUCUGAAUAUCGCGUUGUAUACAAAGGUCAAUCUUGCGCUAAUAAAAUUAGGUUGGAAAAGAAUUUUGGUUUUAUAGUAAAAAGAACUCGUACUCAGCCUGCUGUUGUGCGUUUUGCUCGAUUUUCAAUAACAAAGAAUCCUGAAAAAUUUUAUCUCAGUGUAUUACAAUUGUUUCUUCCUUAUCGUAUAGAUAAUCAGUUAAAACCAGACCAGUAUUGUAAUUAUGAACAAUUUUAUAAAGAAGGGAAUGUUCGUUUUAGUGAUGGGUCUGUUCACCUGGUUAAAAAUAUAGUGGACACAAAUAGAGCACUUUUUGAAAAGGAUGCAGAUGUCUUAGAUAAUGCACAAACUGCUGUUGAUAAUGAAGGAAUAUUAGAAGAUGCAUGGUGUUCACUUUGUCCUGAACAGCAAUUAGAACGUAUGGAAUGUAUACAGCUUAGACGUGAUACUGACCAGCAAGGUGAAGAAUAUGAAAGUUGUAUACCAGAUUUAGUAAAUGAUGAUGGGCCUGUGUCUCAAAUUGAGAAAAAGGACUAUAGUCUGAGUCGCUCAGAUGGGUUGAGCUUAAUUCGCUCUUUAAACAAAACCCAGAUAUCUGUUUUCUAUAAAAUUAGACAAUGGUGUUUAAGUAAAACCAGAGGUGAAAACCCUAAACCUUUUCAUGUUUUCAUUACCGGUGGAGCAGGAACUGGCAAAAGCCAUUUAAUUAAAGCAAUACAAUAUGAAGCGACAAGAUUAUUGUCUCAAAUUACUUUGUACCCAGAUGACGUGUCUGUUGUAUUAACAGCUCCAACUGGAAUUGCUGCUUUCCAGUUAAUGGCUUCUACUAUACAUCAUACGUUUUCCAUUGGCACAGAUGUGAAGUUGCCAUACACUCCUUUGGGAGAAGAGAAAUUUAAUUCUUUGCGAGCAAAAUUCCAUGGACUUCAGAUUUUAAUUAUAGAUGAGAUCUCAAUGGUAGAUCAUAAACUGUUGUCAUACAUUCAUGGAAGAUUACGUCAAAUUAAACAAACUGGAGACUUCUCUCCCUUUGGCAAUGUUUGUGUUAUAGCAGUUGGGGAUUUUUUCCAAUUGCCACCCGUUAAGGGUAAACCAUUAUAUACGGAAGUGCCAGGACUCGGACUGUGGUCUAAUUGUUUUACUGUUGUUGAGUUAACCCAAGUAGUAAGGCAAAAAGACAGCAAAUUUGCUGAAUUAUUAAACCGUUUAAGGAAACGAAGUAAAAAGUCUCCACUGAGCAAUGAAGAUUUGGAGAUGUUAAGAAAAUGUGACACAGGUGAGGAUGAUUUUACUCCUUUACACAUUUUUGCUACAAACGAUGAAGUACAUGAGCACAACCUAAAGCAGUUAAUUAAUAUCUGCUCAGAGGUUGAAACCAUAGAGGCUGAAGAUUUUGCCCGUAGUAAGAAGACUGGCAAAGUAGAGUUAAUUGCUGGUCAUCAUAUAAAGGUUUACAAUACGUGCUUGCCAGCAAACCUGCUUUUAGGCAUACAUGCACGUGUCAUGUUGAUUAAAAAUAUUGAUGUAAAUGAUGGCUUAGUUAAUGGCGUUUGUGGCACAGUAACACACAUUGUGCGUACUAAUAAAAAUAAGUUACCCGAAACUGUGUACAUCCAUUUUGAUGAUAGUCAUGUGGGAUUUAAAAGACGUAAAAAAUGUUUGGCUGAGCCAGCAAAAUCCUUUAACUCAACUCCUAUUCAUGUAGAAGAGGAAAAUGCAUGCAGGAACGGCGGUAUUCGGCGACAGUUUCCUUUGAAAUUGGCUAGGGCAUGCACAGUCCAUAAAGUACAGGGUUUAACUGUGGAUUGUGCUGUUGUUAGCUUAAAAAAAGUUUUUGCAGCUGGCCAGGCUUAUGUAGCACUGAGUCGAGUAAGAAAUUUGUCUGGCUUGACUAUUAAAGACUUUAAUGAAAAAAGUAUUUAUUGUAAUGAGAAAAUUUUUGAAGCUGUACAAGAAAUGCCAUGUUUUGACAUACAUAAUGAGUUAUAUUUGACAGCACAACACAGCUCUUUUUCACUGUUUAUGUUGAAUGUACAGAGUUUGAGCUGUCUUAAACAAGAUCUGAAUGUUUGUGUUCAACAGUUAAGACCAUCAUGUAUUGCUUUAACUGAAACAUGGCUGCCUGAAUCCUAUCCUGAAAAUGUGCAAUUGGAAAACUACACAUUUGUGGGUCUUUCUCGUUGUGCAGCAUACACAAGCAAUUGUCCCCCGUUCAAGGAUUUGAAAGCACAACAACAUGGUGGAGUUGGACUAUAUAUAGCAUACGGUGUAGCAAAUACUACUGUAACAUUUCCAAAUCUUAAUUUGGAAUGCUUGUUAACACACUUCACUGAAAAGGACAUAUUGGUUGGUGUUAUUUACAGGCCUUCAACAUACCCUUUGUCUGUUUUUAAACAAAACAUAGACAAGUUGAUUAAUUUGGUAUCAACAAUUUGCAAUAAAGUUGUGCUUGUAGGUGAUUUUAAUAAUGAUGCAUUAAAGUCCCAAUCCCUCUGCACUUUCAUGGCAAACAAGGGAUAUAUUCAACAUGUUAAAGAACCAACAACUGAGAAAGGAACCUUAAUUGACCACGUGUAUGUAAAAAACAUUGACAUUUUUUCAAUUAACACAAGUGUUGUGCCUGUUUACUUUAGCACACAUGAAGGUGUUUUUUGUUCCUUUGAAGACACUUAACUUAGUGACAGCUUAUGAGUUAAAUGACAAUUUAAACCUGUUGUUUUAAUCUUUUAAUCUUUAAUUACUUUUGAUUAAGUCAUGAUUUGAAUAAAUAGACUUCUGGUUAAUGAUAAAAGAAACAAAUUCCAUGAUGAAACAGGUUUUAAGCUACUAUCAGCUUAAAGUAUCAGAUGGUAUAUAUAUAUUUAUAUAGUAAGUAAAAAUAGUGUUUUGUUCAUUGCAUUAUAAAUAUCCAGAUUACUGCAGAGAACAUUGCUAAAUUGUUAUUUUAUUGUUAUGUAAUCUUCUUUAUUGGAUAAAUGAAUUUCUGGUACAAGGACCAUGAUGAAGGAGCUUAUCUCUUAUCUUCUGGAUCCUUGGUAAGCUGGUAUUGAAUAUUUUGUUGUAUUUUAAGUGUACAUAUUACUGUACAUAUUAUCACCCACCCUCCAAAAAAUAAUAAGAGUUACAAAUAAUAAAUAAAUCAGUGUUUUGUUUUGUUCAUUUUAUUUUAAAUAUCCACAUUACUACAUAAGACCAUUACUUGGUUGCCAGUUAAUUAUUAUGUGCUCCUCUUUAUCGAUUAACUUAAGUUCUGUUUGCUUGGUGAAAGAAAAAAGGACCAUGAUGAAAGAGCUUAUCUCUUAUCUUCUGGAUCCUUGGUAAGCCAGUAUCAGAACUUAGUUGUAUUUUAGGUGUCCAUAUUACUGUAUGAAAACAUUAGUAAUACAAAAAUCCCACUCAAAAAAUAAAUUAAUAAUAAUAAUAAUUGUGUUUUUGUCCACUGUACUAUAAAUUUCCACAUUACUGCAUGAGAACAUUACUCGGUUGCUAUUUCAUUCUUAUGUGCUCUUCUUUAUCGAUUAACUUAAGUUCUUGUUGCUUGGUGAAAGAAAAAAGGACCAUGAUGAAAGAGCUUAUCUCUUAUCUUCUGGAUCCUUGGUAAGCCAGUAUCAGAACUUUGUUGUAAUUUAGGUGUCCAUAUUACUGUAUGAAAACAUUACUAGUAUAAAAAUCCCACUCCAAAAAAUAAAAAAAUAAUUGUGUUUUUGCCCACUGUACUAUAAAUUUCCACAUUACUGCAUGAGAACAUUACUGGGUUGCUAUUUCAUUCUUAUGUGCUCUUCUUUAUUAAUUAACUUAAGUUCUUGUUGCUUGGUGAAAGAAAAAAGGACCAUGAUGAAAGAGCUUAUCUCUUAUCUUCUGGAUCCUUGGUAAGCCAGUAUCAGAACUUUGUUGUAAUUUAGGUGUCCAUAUUACUGUAUGAAAACAUUACUAGUAUAAAAAUCCCACUCCAAAAAAUAAAAAAAUAAUUGUGUUUUUGCCCACUGUACUAUAAAUUUCCACAUUACUGCAUGAGAACAUUACUGGGUUGCUAUUUCAUUCUUAUGUGCUCUUCUUUAUUAAUUAACUUAAGUUCUUGUUGCUUGGUGAAAGAAAAAAGGACCAUGAUGAAAGAGCUUAUCUCUUAUCUUCUGGAUCCUUGGUAAGCCAGUAUCAGAACUUUGUUGUAAUUUAGGUGUCCAUAUUACUGUAUGAAAACAUUACUAGUAUAAAAAUCCCACUCCAAAAAAUAAAAAAAAUAAUUGUGUUUUUGCCCACUGUACUAUAAAUUUCCACAUUACUGCAUGAGAACAUUACUGGGUUGCUAUUUCAUUCUUAUGUGCUCUUCUUUAUUGAUUAACUUAAGUUCUGGUUGCUUGGUGAAAGAAAAAAGGACCAUGAUGAAAGAGCUUAUCUCUUAUCUUCUGGAUCCUUGGUAAGCCAGUAUCAGAACUUAGUUGUAUUUUAGGUGUCCAUAUUACUGUAUGAAAACAUUACUAGUAUAAAAAUCCCACUCCAAAAAAAAAUUUAACUUUACAUAUAUAUACAUACAUGAAAACCACUAUAAUUUUGUAAUCAUGUUAGAUCAACCACAAAAAAGGUUUUAUUUUUCUUGCAUUGCAACAGCAUAUGUUAAAGGUUAAUACACAUAUGUAAAAAAUAAAAUAAGUAACACUUGGUAAGCAACAAUUGCAGGUGUAAAUAGUUUAAUAUAUUGUAUGAAACCAACUUUUUAUAAUUAAAUAUAUAUGCAUUUGAAUAAAGUCAAUGCAUUAUUGUGAAAAGGUAAUAUGGUUAUUGUGAUUCUUAAGUCUAAAAGGCUGUAAUUAAAUACAUAUUAAUGCAAAUGUACAUAUAGCUUGCCAGCCACGUCUGAUGUUGGUUUGGUCCACACAUGCUUGCAUAUUUAUUUAUUUAUGAAAUAAGGGGAAAUUGUUUCUUUUUUUUUCCGUCUUUAAAAGGAUUAUAUAGCAGCAUAUCUAAUAGCAAUGUAAAAAAAAAAAAAAAAAAAAAAAAAAAACAUUUAUAAAUGAACAUGCUGUUGCUAAUGCAAGUUUUUGCUUUCCUUUUAAUUUAAAUAAUAACAAAAAGCAAAAAUAUACUGGUAAUGGUACUCCAGGUUAUCCACCUGGAUGGGGUUCAAGUCCCUGCAGUGUACUUGCUUGUUAUUAUUAUUACUUUUACAAAAUCUAAUUUAACACACUACUAAAUGCUACUAAAACACCAUGACAUGUAGCAGUUAUGUAUAACCACUGCACAUUGAGCAUGUCUUAUUUCUUUCUGUUAAAUGAGUCAAUAUUUUUUCCUUAAAAUUGUGUAUAUUUUCCAAUUUCAGGAUGAUGUAGAAUAUUUACUUCUGAAUUACUUUCAUUACUACACAGGAUAAAUAAAAAAAAAGUUGCUGUAUUCUAUGCAGGACUACUUUAUCUAAGCCAUACAUUCAUAAUACAUCUCAUAAUCUUGUUCUUCAUUUACAUCUGAUGCACAAAAUUGCCUGAAAUGUUAAAGGUCCCCUUCUUCGUGAUCCCAUGGUUUAAACUGUAGUUAGUGUGUAAUGUUGUUGUUACAGUAUAAAUAAUAUCUGUAAAAUUCUAAAGCUCAAAGUUCAAUGCCUAGCGAGAUAUUUGAUUUAACAGAAUUCGCCUACAAAAAACGACCCGUUUGGACUACAGCCCUCUAGUUCCUGCAGGAAUGACGUCACUAAAACAGUUUUUUGACUAACCUCUGCCCACAUGAAUUCACAAAAAGGGGCGGGGUCUUGUUGCGCUCUGACGGAGAAGAAGGAAGAGCUGCAUUUGUGUUUGCCAUGUCGUUGAAACGCUGUUAUUUUCAUCUCUGAGUCCAAUCACCUUUGUUUGGGCUUCCCAGGGACGCUGUACUUUGAGAUUAAUUGUUACGAUUUAUGUUUAACUCGGUUCCCGAAAAUUAUUAUCCACAUGUAAAACUAUGUGCAGCACAUUUUGCUGAGGACAGCUUGCCGAGGACAACUUCCUCAAUCUCAAUCAGAUUAAUGCCGGAUUUGCAAAAGGAUUAUUCUUGAAAGAUGGAGCAGUUCACUCUUUGUCAGGAGAAGGCGUUUAUGGACCACAACCUGGUAAGUGUAUAUUAUUAUUUAAGUUGGUGCAUUUAACAGUGUCUGUAACUUAUUACACAAAGGGCAACGCUGUUUAGCUUUGUUAACUAGAUGGUAGGGUUGUGCAAAAAAACAAAUUCAUACUCCUAGUUUCGUUGCGUAGCAGCAGUUAAGAUACCAGAGCACUGUCCUGCAUUUUCCUGUUCUAAUCGGCGGACCAUUGCAAGUACGGCUCGGGAUUACUUUUCACAAGUAAGAUUUAACAUUACAAUUGUACUAUUGGUUGUAGUUUGUCCUUAAAUCCAGAGAAUUGAGAAGGAGCAAGGAUCUUUGAUAGUACUGUACUGAAAUCGUAGCUAGCUACAUUAGUUAGACUAUGUAUCUCCCUCCCUCAACUCAAGUGUUUCCCACAUAACUUACUAUUCAGAUCAGAAAGCAGUUCAAAAAAGCACUUGUUAAAUGCACGAAAACUUACUUUUAGCGUUAGGUAACGUUAAGUGCCUAUUGCCAAGUUAAUACAUACAUUGUUCGACAGAACAUAAUAACUGUUAUUUGUGUUUGCGCACGUGAUAUCAGAAAGUGUAUUUGAGUACUGUGUAAAGCGCUAUAUAAAUAUGUAUUAUUUAUCUUAUUAUUAUAAUAUUUUGAGAGUUACAGAGAGGGUGAUCCACCAAGCUUCAGCAAUAAAAGCUCCUAAGGUGUCAACAGUCACACACAUUGUGCGGGA